GGCACUUCAGUUCUGUACUUAUACUGAAUACUAUGUGCAGCAGUGGAUUAAUCAUAAGUUCGACUCAGGAGUGUCAAUCUUUUGGCAGAACAAUAAAAAAGGUCGAGGUAGACAGCACUAUGACCAAAAGCUGUGCCAAAGUGAACAUGGGAAGACAAGACACUAUACCUUCAGGCUGGCUGCCUGAAUCCCUUUCCAAAAAAAAAGAAGAGAAGGAAACAGAGAGAAACAAACCCCUGGACAUGCCUCAAGUUUUCAGUGAUCAGGUGACUGAGGACUGUAAUAUUAAAACAGAGAUGAUGAAAAAAAAAAUAACACCAAAACACAGCGAGGGAAACCAUGAACUGGUGAGAUCCAUCAAGGAUAAAAUCCAUGCUGUCUCAGGGGAGCCAGGAAACUUCAUGAGCAAUGAUUCUCUUAACAGGAUACACCACUGUAAUGAGAAGAUAACUGGACAGAAGAAAGAACAAAAAAAGGAGUCAUGUUGCAGUAGCCCAGAUUCAGAGAAUGGUGAACUUGGGGAAGAUGCAGCUCUAAGUGACAACAAUCAAAUUGACGUCAAAAAGAACACACUUAUUAACAGACCCAAGAUUAAAGUGACCACAAUGGGGGACCUGCUGAACAAAUGGAAGAAAUUUUCCGAGGAGCAUGUGGAGGGUCAGAAACUCAACCCUUUUAGUGAGGACUUUGAUUACGAUCAUGCCAUGGCUGUAAGACUCCAUAAGGGACAACUGGGCUAUGGGCACCCCAAAGAGGGCUCUAAAACAGCCCAGCGAGCUGAACGUGCCAAGAAACAUAUCCAUCAAGAAAUGAAUGAGAUGUGCUACAUAAUCCGCGAUAUGGGACAGAUGGACAAGGAAGGUCAUAUUUAUGUCACCUUUGGUCGACUCUUUGAUCACUAUGUCAAGAUCUCUGAUAAGGUGUUGGGGAUUUUGCUUCGAUGCCGCAAACACAAGAUGGUGGACUUUGAAGGUCAGAUAUUAUGGCAGGGGCAAGAUGAUGAUGUUAAAAUCAGGCUGCUGGUGUGAGGAAAUUUGGAAUGCUGAAAAUAUAUCAGUAUUUAUUUAUUUAUUUGUUUGUUUGUUUGUUGUAUAUGAACCAUUUAACUAUGUGGUGAAACCAAAAGGUAAAAUGCAGAGGUAUAAAUGACAGCCUUGUUUGUAGGACAGUUUUGUUUAUUUCUGUCAGUUUUUAAAAAAUAUACUUCAGUUGUUUUAAUUUAAAUAAUGCUAGUCUGUUCCCAUUAGCACUUGAUAAUAAAAUUAAUAAAAAUUAAUAAAACAUUUAAGAUUAAUAGACAGAUUAAAACAUUAAUAAAUGAAUAGGUAUAAAUACCAGCACUUUCAACAUCAUCUGUGAUUUCUGGCUUUACUACAG